AUGCGUGCGGCGCGUUUCUCUGGUUUCGGCUGCUUCCUGUCGCACAACGACUUCCUCUUCUUCGAUGAGUUGAUAUCAAUUGCUGUCACCGACCGCACCCGAAAGCACAUUACAUGUCAUAGACUUUCUACUAAUCCCAUUCUUUCCGUCACAUUAUCUCUCUUUCUUUGUCUUCCCCUUUCCCUCUUUAUAUACCUUUCUCAUUCGUUGCUUUCAUUUUCUCCGUCUUCUCUUAUAUUUCAAAUUUCUUCAUAUUUGUAUUUUCAUUUUCUUUUUCUUGUGCUUAUGGUUCACAUGUUAUUUCUUUCUUUCUCUUCAUUUUCUUCUCGUUCUAAUUUUCCAUUAUCUUCUUUUAUUAUUUAUUUUCAUUUGCCUUGUUAUUAUUUCGAUUCGAAUUUUCUUUUUCCUUUUAAUUUUCCUUCUUCUUGUGUUUUUUUUUUAAUUACUUCUUUUCAUUUCCUUUGUUAUUUUUUCGAUUUGAAUAUUCCUUUUUUCCUUUUAAUUUUCCCUCUUCUUCGUGUCCGAAAUGAAUUUUCUCUUUUCUUUGUCUUUACUAUUUUGUACUUCUUUUAUUUUCUUUCAUUUCAGUUUUUUUUUUUUCUUGUCAUGUUGAAUGGCUUACUUACUGUCCAUGCUUUCUUUCUCAUAUGCUCCCCAUCUAUUUCUUUCUUUUCCCUUCUCUUUGAUGAUAAGUUCUCUUACGGCCAUUCAUUUUUCAGCCAUUUUUUUUAUACUUUACUGCUGAUCUUUUUUUUUUCUUCUUUUAUUUUCUGGGUUUAUUUAUUUAAUAUUUCUGAGGAUGUAUUCUCUUCUUUUAUUGCUUUUUUCUAUUAUAUUUUUAUUGGCAUAUUCAUUUUUCCUUCAUUCUUUGUCAUAAUUUUCUCUCAGUAUUCUUUUCCCUUCUCUCGUUUUUCCGUUCUUUUAGUUUCUUUCUCUUCAAUUUUGGACCUCCUCUUCUUCCUUCGCUCACAUAUUCGAUCGUUUCUAUUGCAUGAUAUGCAUUCCUAUUCAAUGUCUUCCUUCUUUACUCUAUGCCCCGCCUUUGCUUUCGAUGGCUUCGUCCAUAUUUCCUGUCAACACAAUCUGAAUCCGGAAGGAAAGGACAAGGAAAAGCGGAAGACGAGACCAGCAAAUUUCAAGAAUGCAAAGGACGUCCAAUAUGGAAUUAAAGGACUAAAAUCGUAG